GCACAUGUCGUGGAUCCAACUGGGGAGCAGACUCCUCGAUAGAACGCGAGGAGUGACGUUGUGUAGCAGCGUGCCGUUCCGCGAAGCUCGUCUGCCCGCGAGCAGAUGACGCCUAACGAGGAGCAACAGCCCGUCGCACCGACGCAAGUGUGAGAAUGCGCGGAACGGGGUGACACACACGGCCUGGUCCUAUGUACCACCCCUGUCUCCUCUCCGUGCACACAUGACCCUCCGAUGUGAUGAUGCACCGCGGCGAGAUGACGAAACGGCGCGUCUAGCCUCUAGACACUCGAGAACGCGUAUACAUGCACUGACGGGACACCAGCGUCGACCGUCUCCCACACGUGAAGCGCCACAAGACCCAGUCGAAGUGCGCGAAGCGUAGAAAGAGGGCUUUGAACGCGUUCUUCGACUCGCAAAGGUUGAAUCAACGGUUCGACGUCAGUAUCGAUGGGAGGCGCGCCGAUCGCGCACGCCGCGUCGAGGCCCGGCACGCGCGGGGGACCAUGGGGAUACACAGACAGUGGGUGACAAAGGGCGCUUUGCACAGGUCAGCGCCGAUCGGCCAGCGCGAUCGGCAAGGGUGAUGCGGAUGGUUUCAGCGUGGAGGUCAAGUCACAAAGCAGCCGGCCCUGCACGCAUGUCCGGGGUGCAACGGGACGGAGCGCGGCGGGAGGAGAUGGAAGGGAGCGGAGGACGACCCGCGA